AUGGAGAAGACACCCGUGCGCCUCGUCGCGCUGGCCGCCGCGGCGUCCGCGGCCUGCCCGGACCUCGCGGCGCUGCCCAGCGCCGCCGCCCGCGGCCUCGACCCCGCGGCGCUGGCCGGCACGUUCUACGAGCAGGCCUUCUACGAUUUCGCCCAGGUCGGCGCCACCUGCCAGAAGAUGACCAACGUCGUGACCGACGACGGCGCCAUCGCCCAGUCCUUCGACGUGCGCUACGGCCCGCUGCCCUUCGCGCUGCCGCUCGUCUACGAGCCCACGGACGAGCCCGCGGUCUUUACGCGGUCCGCGUUCCACAUCGGAUCGUUCCCCAGCGUCGUCGUCGACGUCUCCUUCGACGACGACGGCGCCGUGGACGCGCUGUCCGAGUACCUCUGCUCGUCGGUCGCCGGCGUCGACUACGAGGAGGUGCGCGUCUCGACGCGGGCCCGGGUCCCCGCGCCGGCGCUCGUGACCGCGCAGGAGAAGGCGCUCCUGGCCGCGGGGCUCAACCGGACGCUCGCGCCCGUGGACCACUCGACCUGCGACGACGACGCCCUGCGGACGGAAGGCAAGUGCUGCGACACCUGCGACGCGUCCCAGGGCCUCGUGAAGUACUACUCGACGGACGGCGUCUACGACCACUGCGGCGAGACGUGCAUCAAGCCGGCCGAAUUCUGGCUCUACAAGAUCUUCGAGAAGAACCUGACCCUCGCGCCCUACGAGCACAUCUGCAAGGACCUCAUCUCCAACAACGGGAGCCACUACUCCGUCUACUCGUCGACCGUGUCCCACGGCAUCCCCUACAUCUUCACGGCGACGCUGGACCUCUACGACCCGGGGCCCGUCUAA